AUGAUGAGGCCUUCGCGACCGCGUGCCUUUCUCCUGCUCUCCCUCCUGCUUCUGCUUCAGCUCGCCGCCGCACAAUUCUUAUCAGGUAUCCCUAUCAUUUUCUUCUGCACAAAACAUUGUUUGCAACCGUCUGAACCGAACAAGAACAGUUCCAAGAAGGCCGCGAAAUUCUGACGCUUUUCGAAAAUUAGAACCCCAAGGAAAUUUAUCCAAGACCAUUACAAGAAUCCUCAAGUCCUAUACUGAAGCUCAGUGACUUUUUAGCUGUUUUUUUCUCACAAAUUAUAUCUUUUUGUAGCUAGUUGUAUUUUUCGAACUUACGCGGUCAGAAUCUAACGUUUCGGAGAUAAAUUUGAUAGAAAAUAUCGAAUCAAAGUUUUCAGCCUGAAUUUCAUAAGGCUCUUUGAGAGUUUUUCCUGAUAAUUUUAAACUAAUCAGCAUUCUUUCAAUUAGUCCUGUUUUAAAUUGUCAUAUAUAGUUUCUAAGAGUUUAGGAAGAAAAAAAAGUUGCUCCAGAAAACGUUCAAUGGCAAUAAGAUUCGAUUAUUCGAUUAUGAUUCAACAAGCCAACUUUUGCAGAAGACGAACUCAGCGACGAAACACAAUGGCGAAGGGAACGUCGGAGCGGCCUUCUGUUCGGAAAGUUGGCGCGGAUCUGGGGAUCCAACGACAAGAGAUUUGUCCUUCGACCGAUGCCCGAUUACAAGUGA